AUGGAUGAUAUAAUAUUUGGUUCUACGAAUGACGCGCUUUGCAAAGACUUCGAACGGGUUAUGAAACUCAAGUUCGAGAUGAGCUCAAUGGGCGAGAUGAAGUUCUUCUUAGGUCUUCAAGUCGAUCAGAUGCCUGAGGGGAUAUUCAUUAACCAAACGAAAUACGUAAACGAUGUGUUGGAGAAAUUUAGCAUGACGGGCACGUCACUGAUGUCAACACCAUUGGCGCUCACUCACUCCAUUCAUCUAGAUCCCACGGGGGAGAAAUUCGACGAGACUUUGCAUUGGUCAAUGAUAGGGUUAUUCAUGUACCUCACGACGUCUAGACCAGAUAUUAUGUACCCAACUUGCCUCGCGGCACGCUACCAGUCAAGCCCGAGAGCGUCUCACAUGAUGAUGGCCAGACGCAUCUUGCGAUAUCUCAAAGGAUGCUUAACUGAAUGA